AGUGAGUAUUAAGGCGAAACUAAAGAUGUAAAUCUCGGCAUGUAUCUUUAGAUUUAUGCUGUUUGAAAAUUAGUAAACGUAGUGUGUUUGGACUGGACAAGUUUAAUUAAAUGAAAAAAAGUUCAGUGAAAUAUACAGUGCGUUCUCAUUGGAAAAAACAUUGUUUCAUAGAAGAAUAAAUAAACUAUAAAGUUUUCAAGUUCGCAAUCGUACUUGACAAGCAAAGCGUAUUUUUCUUGCUGUAGAGCUCUUGUAGUUUUGUGUAUUCCAGUGUGUGUGUGUGUGUUUCGUAACUAAUCGUCUGUAUUGCAUUGGUGUGAGUGAACAUCUUUGUCCUAAGCGCUGCAGUAGAAGAAUGUAAAUGGUGGCGCUUCGAAUGUGAAGAAAAAGGAAACCAUCCGAAUUCUAAAUUCUGGCUUGAUAUAUUGAUAACGAUAUCAUUGCGGUACAUCAUGGGUAAAGGUCGCCGCACGCGUCAGACUAAUCCCGUCAGUCAACUACUUGCAAAGGCAUCUGCAAUGGAUGACACAGCCAGUCCUAAACGAAAAGAUUUCAAAUAUGAUGGCAGUAUGUCUAAGACCUCUCAAUCCAGUCCUGUUAACACAGCUAAUAACAGCAGAUCGACGACGGGAACUACGGAAGGUUCAAUGAUUCUUCGAGCUAGUCGCUCGAAAACUAAUGGCAUAGCCAAAUAUUUUACAAAUUUUGAAAAACCAUUGUCGACUCCAGUCUCAGUUCCUGUUACAAGAACGGACAAUUUUAUCGAUCUCACUGACGAGAACACCUGUGAUUCGUUCGAAAAUAUAACAAAUGGAGUAGCGGCGACUCCUACCAAUAACUCAUCGUUUGCUGCACUUGGUUUCAAUGCUGUUAAAAGCAAUCCAGCCUGCAACAUAUUUUUACAAGAACCAGUUCUAACGUUAAACAUUGACAAAACAUCCACAGAUCAAUCCCGAGUCAUUAUUAAAAGUUCUUUUUUGACAACUGAAAUCCAAAACAAAUUUUCGCCUCCCAAAUGUGAACCCAUAUGGAGCAGUGCUCCUGUCAAGCGAGAUGUAGGAGAGGACCAUGCUCUUGAUCUUUCUAUGCCUACACAGGUGACAUCUAUUGAUUCAACCACGUUCCUAAAUCAAGACAGCAAUUCUUGUGAUAGCGGUGACAGUGGAGUGGUUAUUUCUACGGAAAAACACGAAACAGUCGCUAGCUUCGAUGAAAAGAAACGCAAACCCGCAACUCCACAUCGCAUUUUGUGUCCUUCGCCGGUGAAGAAUCCUAUCGUUGCUAGUCCUUCGAAAGCUUUGGCACAUCUCAACAUUCAAAGCAAACGUGCCACUAGGAGGAAUGCAAAAUCCAAACGAAGACUUCACACAAAAGAGCUGGAAAACGCACUGGAAGAAACGGUAGUUCAACAAACUGCCGAUAACAGCUUUCCGGUUGCGAUAGCACCGACGAUUUCAGCCAAAGAGCUUCUCGACAAGAAAAAACCAGUGUUAAAUGAUUCGGUCAACCCAACCGCGCAACAAAACACCAACAACAACCAAAGCAGUAAAGUGAGCGAAGCUCCAAAAAUACCGACAACCAAAACUGGCGGUAAAGCUGUGGAUCCCGCCGUGACUGGAAACAAUAAAAAGCUUACCGAUUUUUUCCAAGUUCGGCGUAGUGUAAGGAAGACCAAAAAAGAAGUGCAGUGGGAGCGAGAUCGGGAUAUCGAGAAGGCAAUUCGCGAAGAGCGAGAUUUCGGUUUAAAAAUUGCAUACUUUGAUGGCAAAGGUCGAGGAAUAGUAACUACAAGGCCUUUUAUGAAAGGAGAAUUCGUCGUAGAGUACAUUGGCGAUUUCAUUUCGGUUUCAGAAGCUAAACAACGUGAACAAAUCUACGCAGAAGAUGACAACACAGGUUGUUAUAUGUACUACUUCAAGCACAAGAAUGUUCAGUACUGUAUUGAUGCGACUGCCGAAAGUGGUAAACUGGGGCGGCUGGUUAACCACUCACGUAAUGGAAAUCUUAUGACCAAAACUGUGUCCUUGAACAACCGACCUCAUCUGGUGCUAAUAGCCAAAGAAGACAUCGCCGAAGGUGUAGAAGUUACGUACGAUUAUGGUGACCGGUCGAAGGAAGCUCUGCAACAUCAUCCCUGGCUAGCAUUCUAGGAAACCUCGGUGUUUGCUUCAUCGUUCAGUUAGUUUAGUGAAGGUUAUGCCUUUGCAUCAUGAUACUGACAGAGGGAAAAUGAUUAACAAGUAUGUACCGCCAUAUUUUUGUAAGAAUUAUCUGUGGGCAUACUCCGAGGCACUAAAAGUCUUUGGUUAGAUACGUGCAAUUUCCUUCUGUACGGAAAAUUGUUUAUUAUGCAGCGAUAAUUCUGAACGCGUUAGAGGGUUUCCAAUUUAUCAGAACCAGAGCAUAUUUUUUUUUUUGCUUGUGCUAAUAUAAGCGUUUCUUUUGCAAAACGUUAUAACAACUAUGAAUCAUUAUUUAUCAAGAUGAAAAGUGAAUAUUAAUUUAUUUUUUCUAUGGAAUAAGGAUUCUACAAAAUUAUAGUGACAAUUGAGUUAAGAUAAGUUAAUCAUUAGUUUUCGAGUAUCAUUUGUUACAGAGGCAACAUCCAUAAAAUGCAAACACACACGAUUGAACGCAGCACAACUAUUAUACUGAACAUCGGAAUUUUCGCUAACCAUCGGAGUUCUAUCGUGCUAAUGGUUUGUUAUCGGAUGUUUCACGUUGAGCAUGUUUCCUGAACGAUGAAAAUUUUUUUGUCAUGACAUAUGCUCUAUCAUCGAAGAAAAUUUCCCGGAAUAUCCAACAAUUCGCUUUGUUUUCUAAAAAAAAAUCCCUGCCCUAUUAUAACAAAAUAAAUUCAUAAAAAAUGGCAACAUUGCAUGUUUAUGAAUAUUUUAUAUCAAUUUUUCAAUCUGUUUCUAUACGUGAAGACGCACUGGGCGCGCAUAUUUGAAACUUACCGUCCGCUGAACUGAUAGGAUCUUGUAAAUCGUAGUAUGUUUCAAAGGAUUUCUCAGCGUAACUAGUGACUGUUACUUUUUAAAAUGAGUGACAAUACUGGGAUCUUAUUUCAUUUAUUUUCUCUAAAAAAGAAUUACAAUGAUCCUAUUAUCAUCUCGUGAGACUGCCUGAUUCGCAUUUAGCAACUACUGAUUGUUUCGCCCACUUUUAGCAAAUUAGCUUCACCCACAUGUUGACAAUAAGCAUGGCUAUUCCGAUGUUUUAAAAAAUAUAAUUUUUGAAUGUUUAAAAAUUCCAAUGGUUUUCUUCGACAGGCAAAAAUUACACCAGAUUGGAAUGCCGAUGAUGACACUUGUCAUAGUAACAAAAAAUUCAUUGCUUGGGGGAACUUAUUUUCUUUUCGCAGACAUUCUUUUCUCUUUUAAUUCGUUAGGAAUCAACAAAUUUGCUGUAAAGUGUUUUCGGUAUUUCGAAAAAUUCAAUUUGAAAUAGAUUUCCAUUGCCAAAAAAAAAAAAAACGAAACAGAAAUAGAUGUUAUUUCUAAACCUUCACCCUCUCUACCAUGGCUACUCUAGAGCACAACGGGUUUGGAUGCAAAAAAACGUUUCAAAAUAUUCACCAAUGGUACUCAAAAUGCAUAAAACUAUUUUUAAACAAUAUACAAUAUGGUUCAAGAAUAAAUUUAUGCAUUUUGAGUAGGGUUAGUGAAUAUUUUGAAAGGUUUUUUGCAUCAGAACCUGUUGUGCUCUAGAGUAACCAUGAUAAAGAGAUGGUUAAGACUUUAGCUGAUAAUAUUCUAUAGACGCACAUCGGGACAGAUUUUUUUGUGAAAAAGACUUUUUGCAUGUCGGGAAUAAAAGACAAAAUCAUUCGAUACAUGUGGUUCCACACUUUAAGCAAAGUAAGUGCUUUUUCGAUUUUAUCACGGUCAAAAAAAAAUUUUACCGUGAAUUUGUCGAAACCGUGAAUUUAUCGAAAUGAUAAAAAUUUAAUUUUUUUGUGUUGGAUUCAAUUGAAAUUUAUGAUAUUUUUAGUAAAAUGAUGCACUUUCAUGGUUGGAGGGGAUAUAGGUUCAAGAUAAAAAUAAAUAAACAAGAAAAGGUUAGUUUAUGAUAUUUUUCUCCGUUACAUUUUUGUGGACUUUCUCCCGGUUAUUAUACAUGAAAUAUCAAUAUGACUUGUACUGCCCAUCCUUUAGCAUAGCUAGCAGAGUCUAAUGCUUGUUUAUGUAAAAUUGUGGAACCGCUAGAUUUUAUAAUCUAUAGGGCUAUUUGAGUUGUUAACAGACCUUUUUUCUCAACUGCUCUAAUAAUACGUAAUUUUUGCUUCAAAGUCAAUGGAAUACGUAUUUCACGGUUCAUUUUUCUCAAAAUUAUGACACAAAUUAUUUGUAACAGAUAUGACACUUAGUUGCCUCAGAAAAUUGAUCAAACAAAUUGAGUUCAUAAAACUAUAUACAUGCAAGGACACAAGACACAAGUGAAAAUGAUGUUUCGAAUGCAUUUUCUUCAACUGGAAGUACUUUAUUCUUGAUUUAAAGUUUUUUUAAAAAAAAAGCGUGAUAAAAACGAAAAAAACCGUGAGAAAAUCGAGCGUGAAUUUGACGAGUAGUGAUAAAAACGACUGUUGAUAAAAGCGAAAAAGCACUGUAUAUCUAUUAUUUAGAGCGUGCUUGUAGUUUCUAAAAAUGUGAUAAUUUUCUUCUUAACCCCAAUUUGAGCAAUUUUUUUAGUAUUUUGAUUUUGAUUGUUGACGUCCUGUCAACCCUAAUUGUAGGCAUUUUUAUUUUCUGACUAUUGUCGUCGUUGUCACAAGGCAUCCUGUCAAUGUGUCGCCUAGGACAAUAUACUUUCUACGUCGCCGUCACCGCUAAUGGUAGGAUCAGCGUAAAGAUCUAAUACAAACUCCGCAGAAUUGUUGAACUGAACUGAUUUUGUAAGCUUUUGGGUUUUUUUACGCAAUGUUAUGGUCUUGGAAACAACACACUCUUUCCAGCUUCGUAACACUCAUAUAUAACUUCAAGACACUUUAUCGCUCACUGAAGCCGCAUUUGUCGAAACUGCACACAACAAAACAAUUUUGAAUGGGAGUAUCGAAAGAGCACGAGAGCAAAUUUCUUGCAAGGUGGAACUAUCUGAUUUAUGCUUGGAUAACGGUAAAGUAAUACAAACGUACUGUAGUUUUCAAAAUCAAAACGAAUCGAGAACUUAUCACAUAGUGUGUGUUUGCAAUAGUAGAGAAGAUAGGCUCCAUACCAGAACACACCACAAAGCCUAACAAAUACGACACUUUAAGAUAUAAGACAAAAAGAUAUUCCUACAUUAUCGUCAAAUUGUUGAGUAGAGUAAACCUACGAGCUCAUCGAAUAUUUGCGAAUCGAUUGCACUAGGAGCUGAAGCUAAUUUAACUAAAAUAAACUGCCAUUUUGUUUCCAAAUUAUUUUUGUCAGACAAAAUAUUCAACAUUUCAUCCAAUCCAGUUGAAAUGUUCGAUAGUUUAGAGCAAAACUAAUUUAGCAUUUGUCACAAGCAGUUUGUAGUGCGUGACUGAUUUAGAAAAAAAUAUUUAAACAAUCAAUUCUAACACAAUACGGUUUAUAAUGCUAACAAAGGCAUCAAUAGCAAUUUUAGAAAUUUUAGGUUUUUGAGCGUGUUUGAUACCAUAAGUUAAAAUUUUAUUUAGAUACAGGAAAACAGUACAAUAAAAAAUAAAAUGCAGAUGAAAUAUACCUGCGCACUAUUAAGGAGUUCUCAUUUUUUAAAGUUAUGUAUAAUAGUCACAGAAGUAACUUCAAAAUCAACUGUAAUAGUUAGAAUAGUUUUGCCCACAUCUAGAUAACAAAUAUUGAACUUUAUUUAUACGUUUCAUUAUUGAUUAACAAACUAUUGUUUCUCAUCGUUGAGUACUUCCUCGUGUAAGCCAAACUAAUUAACUGUUAAGUUGUGCGAUAUGUUCAAUUCACCAUCAGUUUAUUACGUGGUUUGCAGUUGAAAUAGUCGGUUGAAAAUACCAAAUGAAAACAACACUUAUCAUUUGGCACAACUACCCAGUAACAGGUGAUGUCAGGCGGAAUAAAAACAAUACUUAAUCAAACAAACACCGACAGUACUAGAAGUCAAACACGUAUUAGGAAUUAAAUUUGUUUAAAAUCAAUAUUUUCUAUAACCCAUAUAUAACGUAAAGAUAAUUAUUUUUGUCGUACAAAAUUAACGACAUUAGGUUUAGUCGAUCAUGAUUCACACCCAAUAAACAAUAUUAUUGAGAGCAUCUCGCGAUAGGAUAAAACCGCCUCAGUAGUUAAUAUUUGCUUGCAUAACUAUGAUGAAAAUCCACCAAGUGAAACUGAAUAUAUGCGAAAAAUUCGUCGCUUUUGCAUGACUAGACAUGCACUCGAAAUGAAACACGAAAUACGGAGAGUCAGGGUAACCAACAGGGAAUAAAAAAUAA